CCCCAGAUCUCUGCAAGACAGACAAGAUGCUGCCUCGUAUGAUCCUCAUCAGCCUGUCCUGGAUGCUGCUCUCCUGCCUGAUGCUCUUAUCUCAGGCGCAAAGUGAAGAUGUCAAGGAAGAUGUGCCCUCUUCACGAAUCAGCUGCCCCAAAGGCUCCAGAGCCUAUGGCUCCUAUUGCUAUGCCUUGUUUCGGAUUCCUAAAUCCUGGUUUGAUGCAGAUCUCGCCUGCCAGAAGAGACCCGCAGGACACCUUGUGUCUGUGCUCAGUGGAUCUGAGGCUUCCUUUGUGUCUUCCAUGGUUAGAAGCAGUGUGAACAAUGCCCAAUAUGUGUGGAUUGGGCUCCAUGAUCCUACACUGGGCCAAGAACCCAAUGGAGGUGGAUGGGAGUGGAGCAAUGCUGAUGUGAUGAAUUUCUUCAACUGGGAGAUGUCUCCUUCCAGUUCUUCAGGUGGUUAUUGUGGCAGCCUGUCACGAAACUCAGGAUAUCUGAAGUGGAAAAAUUAUUAUUGUGAUUCAGAGUUACCAUAUGUCUGCAAGUUCAAAGCCUAGAGAACUGAGUUAGCACCCCAAGUUUAGUAUGCACCUCACCGUGAUCAAGAACCCAAGUGUGAAGUUGGACGCAAGAAGGAAACAUCCCUGCACUGCAAACUUGACCUCUAGUGAUUUCUCCUCUUCUGCUCUUGCCUUGCUUUCAUUUAAGGCUCUUCUGUGUGUACUCGGGCCUGGGUUCUCAGAGUGUAAUAAUAAAAUACAUAACUCAUA